AUGGUCGCGGGAACAAAGAGGAAGAAGCUGCCUGAGGGAGAUAGCUCCAGCCCUCCCCCAAGAAGAGUCAAGCGAGCUCGACGGAGCAAGACACAGACAACGAAACAAGAAGAGCCGCCAUCCCCCGGAACAUCCACGUCUAGGUCGUCUCGAUCACCCUCCCCAGCUGAAGAGUUCUAUGCGCCUCGUCACCCUAAGCUCUCACAGUGGCGGUGUUGCGUGAGGGGCUGCAGGGGGCGCUGGCCCCUCGCCGUCCGGCGAUGUGAAGACUUCAUCGACGACCUCGGAUGGGAGGAAUGUAGGGAGUGGGGGCGCUGGAAACUCUUCAUCGAGAAUUCACAGGCCUCGGGCGACUACGAUUACGGGAUAAGGCUCACUCCGACAUCCAUCUUCGUACCAGAAAAGCGACUCAAGGAAGUCAGCCAGCAGCUGGAGAGCAUGGAGAUGGAGAGGUUACUGCUGCUGAGGGACGGACGGCACGACUGCCUCACGGAUUGCUACGUGCCGGGGGUUUGCAAGGAGGUUCAGUGUAAAUUUGCCAGGCGCAGCUCGUCCCUGUCCAGCGAGGAGGGGAGCCAGUCGCCGAGGCCUGCCAUGCCCGAUUCUCCCAAAUCGCCGCCGCCCUCGGAUGACGAGGAUGGCGAGGAUGUUGGAUGGAUUGAUGUUGGAGAUGACGCGGGUUCCCCAGGAACAAAGGAUGAGGAUGCCGACUUGGCACGCUCUGGUCGGCGCUUGCCCUCCCCGCUCUUGCCAUCAGAUGGCGCACCUGAAAUCUACGAGGACGACGACGCCGCAGACGGGCCUGGGCUUGGAUCAGAUGAGAGGUUGUAA